AGGUUGAGAACCCUGCUCAAGUGCAAGCGUAAUAUUUAUUCCCAAUGCAGAUGCCAUUCUGAAUAUGGUUGGAGGAAACUCAGCGGGGUCGCAGUCCCCUUAGGCGGCGUUGCCAUGGCAACCUCACUCACAUCCACUUGGCUCUCCCAGCUCUAGUCUCUGAGGAUCUUUUCUAAAGGCAGCAACACCUACCCCGAGAGGGAGGGAGAGUGAGGAUGUUACAUCCAUGCUCGCUCCCCUGCAGAAAGCUCCAUUCUAGAAUCGCUCGUGCAAACUGCCCCUUCUUGGAUAAACAUAAAGGAAUUAAUUAGUUUACUGUCUGCCUCAUGAUGUGUGAGUGAAAGAAAGUUCAACCACCAACUCUGCAAAGCGCUUUCACAAACAUCUCAACCUACAGUAACUGUGAGGUGGGUAUUAUUACCCAUUUUGUAGAUGGGGGAGCUGCGGUUAGGUAAUUCGCCCAAAAGCAGUGUUAGAACUUGAACCCAGGUUGGUCUGACUCCAGAUACCAUCUUUUCGUCAAUAAGCCCCCUUGCUUCUCAGUUGAGAAUUGCCCUUGUGCGUGUAACCGGUCAAGGAAGUCGGCGAGGUAGGUGAGGGUUUGUAUUUGGUUUAUAGGACGGGAACGGGGAAGAUAGGAGGUAGGGUGCCCGAAUGAGCAGAGCGCGGCGGUCUGGACUUGCACGUGGGUUUGAAGACCCUUCUGGCCGCGAAGAGUACCGGCCCGGGAGCCUUACCCAUUCUUUGGGAAAGGUAAGUGGCAGGUGAUGCUGGAGAGGGAAGCUGAGCUCCACUAAGAGGGCGAGAAAACGAAGCCAGUCUGAAGCUUUGCUGCAGUCGCAUAAAUGCAAGCGCUCGGAAGCUCAGGAGCAGGCGAGACCAAGGGCCUGGGGACGCUUUCCUUGAAAGUUAUUAAAAAGUACACAAAGUCAAAAAAAAAAAAAAGUACACAAAGUCAUACACCCUGGCUCCGCAACCUCCCAAGAGCUGUUGCUUUAAGAAGCGCGAUCCUGUAAAGUCACGUGGCCCCGGCGCCUGGGGCUUUUACGGCCCCUUCCCAGUGACCAAUCGCGUGGCUGGAAGCCUCCUGGAGGGCGGGAACUUCCCCAGGUGCUCGCGGAUUGGCUGUGCUCGCGGAGUGCGGGCCUGAGCGCGGAGAGAGGGAACUCGUGUGGGCGGGGUGAGAGGGCCGCCGCCGCCGCUGUCGCCGAGGUCUCGGAGCCACCUUCGCCGGCCGGAGCCCUCAGCAAGUGUUUAUCGAGGGCGUGUUAUGUGCUGACACUGCUGGACGCUGGGGAUGCAAAGCUCCACCGGGGCCAUGUCGGAGCGGGAAGAGCGGCGGUUUGUGGAGAUCCCUCGGGAGUCGGUGCGCCUCAUGGCAGAGAGCACGGGCCUGGAGCUGAGCGACGAGGUGGCGGCCCUGCUCGCAGAGGACGUGUGCUACCGGCUCAGAGAGGCCACCCAGAACAGCUCUCAGUUCAUGAAACACACCAAACGGCGGAAGCUGACCGUGGAGGACUUCAACAGGGCCCUCCGGUGGAGCAGCGUGGAGGCCGUGUGCGGGUACGGAGCCCAGGAGGCGCUGCCCCUGCGCCCCGUCAGGGAGGGGGAGCUCUACUUCCCUGAGGACCGGGAGGUGAACCUGGUGGAGCUGGCCCUGGCCACCAACAUCCCCAAAGGCUGUGCCGAGACGGCUGUGAGAGUUCAUGUCUCCUACCUGGACGGCAAAGGGAACCUGGCGCCUCAAGGAUCGGUGCCCAGCGCUGUGUCUUCACUGACCGAUGACCUGCUCAAGUACUACCAGCAAGUGACUCGCGCUGUCCUGGGGGACGACCCACAGCUGAUGAAGAUUGCUCUCCAGGACCUGCAGACCAACUCCAAGAUCGCAGCGCUCCUGCCGUACUUCGUGUAUGUGGUCAGCGGGGUGAAGUCUGUGAGCCAUGAUUUGGAGCAGCUGCACCGGCUCUUGCAAGUGGCCCGGAGCCUGGUUCGGAACCCGCACCUCUGCCUGGGGCCCUAUGUCCGCUCUCUGGUGGGCAGUGUCCUCUACUGCGUCCUGGAGCCCCUGGCUGCCUCCAUCAACCCCCUGAAUGACCACUGGACUCUGCGGGAUGGGGCCGCCCUCCUCCUCAGCCACAUCUUCUGGACUCAUGGGGACCUUGUCAGUGGCCUCUAUCAGCAGAUCCUGCUGUCCCUGCAGAAGGUCUUGGCAGACCCUGUACGGCCUCUCUGCUCUCACUACGGGGCUGUGGUGGGGCUGCAUGCCCUUGGCUGGAAGGCAGUGGAGCGCGUCCUGUACCCACACCUGUCCACCUACUGGACGAACCUGCAGGCCGUGCUGGAUGACUACUCCGUAUCCAAUGCCCAGGUGAAAGCGGACGGGCACAAGGUCUACGGCGCCAUUCUGGUGGCCGUGGAGCGGCUGCUGAAGAUGAAGGCGCAGGCGGCCGAGCCCCACCGCAGUGGGCCUGGCGGCAGGGGGUGCCGGCGCCCCGAUGACCUGCCCUGGGACAGCCUCCUCCUGCAGGAGUCUCCUUCCGGGGGCGGCGCCGAGCCCGGCUUCGGGUCGGGCCUCCCGCUGCCGCCGGGCGGCGCGGGGCCGUCGGAGCCUGGCCCUCCGGUGACCCUGGCGGACAUCUACCGGGAGCUCUACGCUUUCUUCGGCGACAGCUUGGCCACCCGCUUCGGCACGGGCCAGCCCUCGCCUACGACCCCGCGGCCGCCCGGGGACAAGAAGGAGCCGGCGGCGGCCCCGGACUCGGUGCGGAAGAUGCCGCAGCUGACGGCCAGCGCCGUGGUCAGCCCGCCGGGCGACGAGAGUCCCCGGGGCAGCGGGCCCCCCGCGGCCCCCGCGCCCGCCGCCUCCGACAACAGGCCGCUGCCGCGCGUGCACCGGGCGCGGGGGGCGCCCCGGCAGCAGGGCCCCGGGCCCCGCGACGUCUUCCAGAAAAGCCGUUUCGCCCCGCGCGGCGCCCCCCACUUCCGUUUCAUCAUCGCGGGGCGGCAGGCGGGGCGGCGCUGCCGCGGGCGCCGCUUCCAGACCGCCUUCCCCGCGCCCUGCGGGCCCGGCCCCGCCUCCCGCUACGUGCAGAAGCUGCCCAUGAUCGGCCGCACCGGCCGCCCGGCCCGCCGCUGGGCGCUCGCCGACUACUCGCUGUACCUGCCGCUCUAGCGGCGCCGCCCGCAAUAAACCCGCCCGCCCCGCUCA